AUGAAUACGGAUAAUGAUAUUGCCGAACAUAACCUCUACUCUGAUGAUAGCGAAAAAGAUAACACUUAUGAACCUGGUGAUGAUGUGGACCUAAACGGAAGGAAGAGAAGAUGGAAUUUUGGCCCAUCUACUUCAGCUGCUUUGGAUGAUGAUUCUUCAAGUGACAGCGAAGGGAUUAUCAAUAGAACUGCAACUGGCGAUGCUUAUCCCAUCAUAUUGGCGGAAGAUUGUUCGAGAUCACGGGAAUUUAGGAAAAAGUUUCGAAGAAAGGCAUUGUGGAAGAGAUCUAAGGCGCAUAGAGAGAGAAAUUUCGGAAAAGAAAAUACUGAUCGUAAAGGAAAACAUCACGCAGCUAGAACAUUAAAGAAUUGA